GGAACUCAAACCCAGCUAGUAUUUCCUUUACCAAAGUGGCGACAGCAUGACACUAAAUGGGUGCGCGCCGCUAGAAGCUCAGCGCGUAAGGCCUGUGAUAACGUCACGGAGGCGCGACCGAGCCGGUGCUGGGGAAAGGAGCCUGCUGAGGGAUGCCCAAGAAGUUCCAGGGCGAAAACACCAAGUCGGCAGCAGCCCGGGCAAGGAGGGCAGAGGCCAAGGCAGCAGCUGAUGCCAGGAAGCAAAAGGAGCUGGAGGAUGCCUACUGGAAGGACGACGACAAACACGUCAUGAGGAAGGAACAGCGCAAGGAAGAAAAGGAGAAGCGGCGCCUGGAUCAGCUGGAACGCAAGAAGGAGACACAGCGCCUGCUGGAAGAAGAAGACUCAAAGCUCAAGGGUGGCAAGGCCGCCCGGGUGGUUGCGCCCAGCAAGGUCACCCGUGCUCAGAUUGAGGACACGCUGCGCCGUGACCAUCAGCACAAGGAGGCCCCCGACCCAGCUGAGAAAGCCAAGAGCCAUUUGGAGGUGCCAUUGGAGGAAAAUGUGAACCGCCGUGUGCUGGAGGAGGGCAGCGUGGAGGCGCGCACCAUCGAGGACGCCAUCGCAGUACUCAGCGUCUCUGAGGAGGCUGGUGACCGGCACCCAGAGCGACGCAUGCGCGCUGCCUUCACUGCCUUUGAGGAAGCACAGCUACCACGGCUCAAAGAGGAGAACCCCAACAUGCGGCUGUCGCAACUGAAACAGCUACUCAAGAAGGAGUGGCUGCGCUCCCCCGACAACCCUAUGAACCAGCGAACCAUGCCCUUCAAUGCCCCCAAGUGAGCCCAGAACUGGGGGAGCCAUCUUAUGGGCAGUCUAGGUCGUGACUCUGCACACCCUCCUGCUGGGUCAGCUCCAAGGAUUACAGAGAGGUCCAGGGGCCUAGGCGUCUAUCCCCAGGGCUACGUGCAGUGCCAUCACCAGCCACCCCGUUUCCGCCAGAAGAUCCCUGCUCUUAGUAACACCCUUAUCUCUCCCAUUCCCACCCACCCACCCCCGCACAUGUGUGUAGAGCCCCGGGGCUGAGUGCCCAAUAAAGGCAGUCAGCAAGGCUGCAGUGAAGC